AUGUCAAACAAAAAAAAGAAAAAAUGUUUAUACAUACCAAUAGAAACAAAUCCAUUUACUUUAGCUGCCCAAGUUACAAAAUCAACAAUUAUAAUAAAUUAUUAUCAAGUUCAGAGUUACCAAAUGAAAGCUGAACCAUCAAUAAAUCCUUCGAAAUUAUAUUGCAAAUGGUAUAAAAAGGCAAAAUUUAGUAAUAUUUUUACUGAAGAUAUUGAUUGGUUUAAAGAACAAUAUUUGAUUCAUUAUUUAAAAUCAAAAGAUCAUCAAAAAGCACAAGAAAUUGAAACAUGUGCUCAAUUAACUAUUCAUGAAAGUAUUAGAAAACCUUUGUCAACAGAAAAAUUAAAAGUAAUUCAAAAUAUGCAUAAUAUGUAUUGGUUAGUAGAAAAUAAUAUAGCAACAUUAAAUAUUCAAGGGUUGUGUAAUCUAGUAAAAAUGCAAAUUCAAAAUCAAGAAGAUUAUAUAACUUCAACCAACAUAUGUACUAUUAGACCUGUUUCUUUAAUAAAUAUAGUAUUAGAAGAAAGAUGCAAAUAUGGUUCAUAUUCAAAUAAUCAUGCUGGGCAUGAUUUUAUUGAGGCAAUAGCAUGA